AUGAAAGCAUCAGAGCUUCCAUUCGAAAUUCUUACGCAGAUUGCUCAUAAAGUCCGGGCAAAAGACAGGCGCUCAUGUGCUCUUACGUGCAAGGGAUGGAGAUACCCGUUUCAAAAGGCCCUAUGGAAAAACAUAUAUAUUCAUGACUGUGAUAGCUUGGAAAAUCUUAUCGACAUGGUUAAAGUCUCCCAAAGUACAUCCAUAUUUCGCGGCCCCUGGGUUUACAGUCUACACGUAAAUUAUUAUUGCUCUGCGCCAGAAAUAUUAGCGAUACAAUUCUCUGAAUUAUUCAGAUACCUACCAAACCUGAAGCGCCUGCAUUUAAACGGUGAAAUAUAUAAAUAUAUUUACACAGAUACAACAAGAUCAGACAACGUAUGGAAUUCUCUGGAAAUUUUGAUAGUAAACUACAGCGCAUAUACAGAAAGACAAUCAACAAAAGAACUACCUGAAUUUAUAAAUACAUGUAACAUGCUCCAACAAUUACAAAUAAUUAAGUACGGAGAUGGUUUUCGCUUGGAGUUCGGUGUGGAGGACUUUAACAACAUGCACCAAAACUUGCAAAGCCUAUCGUUUAUUGACGCUGAAAUGUAUCUCAGUUCUGACUUUUUGACUACACUGAACACAAUUCCAUAUACGACGCCGGCACUUUCCGUGACGUCCCUGGAUAUAAACUCGAAAAAAUACGAAAACCAUGACGGUGAAUUUAGUAGAAACUGGAACGAAUGGAAUCCUUUAUGGCUAUACUAUUUUGGCUACAAGUAUCCAAACUUGCGAUAUCUAAAGCUAGAAGCUACGGACAUGUGCUCUGAUGCGAUAAGCUCAGACGAGAGGCAAACAAUGAUAUCUCUUUUUCGAUCCAACCCCAACGCAUUUCAGCACCUUGAAACAUUUGAUCUCACUACCGACAGAUAUUUCGAGUCUUCCGAUCUUAUUUUAUGGGAAUUGCUUUGUGCAUUAAGAGUUCCUCUUAAGCAUUUGUCAUUGGAUGCAACAAAUAAUUACGCAGUAGACGAUUCAAACCCAGUGGAUUUCAGCAGAAUUAUACAAUCCUUUUCUGAAACACUCGAGACUCUUUCUCUUACAGGGUUUUUAUAUAGAGAGGUGGACCAGAAUUCAGUCAUGGAAAUACCCUCUUACUGCCCGUUUUUGACGAACCUUUGCAUCAGCGGCAGCGAUGUGUCGCUUUAUAUAGAUGACAUAUUGGACAGAUGUGUGGCCCUCAAACAGCUAGAAAUUUGUGGUGGAAGAUUGUUAAUUAAGUCAAGAACGACAACUGAAGAGACAGAUCAGCAUCAGCAUAGCCUUCGAUCUUUGACAUUGGAGAAAUGCUCUAUAGCGCCUGAAGUACUUACUUGCAUCUCUUUCAGAUGUAGAAAUCUGAAACGUAUGGAUUUGAGGUCUUUGUGGAUUGGCGAAUCUGUUUGCGAAAAAACCGGAUGUUUGUUAAUCGACAUGUCACAUACUUUCUUAAAGACUUUGAAAAUUGGCCAGGUUCAAUUCCACGGAUCAGACCGAGUACAUAGUUAUGACGAUUGGGCCAGUCUGGUACUCGUAUCUGAAUUACAUGACAAUCCGCUGUCAAAUGAAAGGGACACAAUAAAAAGAACAGAAAUAGAUUCAAACUACCCGAGAACAGAAUGUAACAAUAUCACAUGGCUCUACACAUAUAAUGAUAUGGAAUAUACUGGGGAAGAGACCCUAAGCACUACAGAAAUUUCAAAGGAUGAAGCCAAUAUUGCGAUUGAAUACUAUAAAAACUUUCAAUCCAACCAAAUCGAUGCGAUUUCAAUUGAUGACAGCUCGUAUAAUGGAGACGACCUGACUGACGCCUGGAAGUAUGAACUUUACAAAGGUUACGCCGAACUAAGAUUUGGCAAAAUUCAAUACCGUCCUUAUAUAUGUGAAUCAGAUUUUGUCGAGCGUUAG